AGGUAAUGAUCUGGCAGCUAGCAAAUGAUGUUGAAGCAUUCCUCCACCAACACAAUAAACCUCCACCACAGUCUUUCUACGAUCAGAUGAUUAUAAACAAUAAACAGAUGCAAGAGAAGAAUAAGGAGCAGGAAAGACUGAGAGAGGAGAUGAAGGUGAGGUGCAUACUGACAUUGACAUAUAUAAUAGUAUAUUACCCAUAAGCAGAAAUCGAAAGUAAAGGUUUACAUCACCUAUUCUUACGUAGUAUUGAAUAAGCAACUCUUUUUGAACUAUUUUCAUUGUGUUCAGAGAAAAGAAAUGGAACAAGAAGUCAUUCGGCGUCAGGAAGUCCUGAAAAGUGAGACACGUAAACGCAAAGAAGAUUAUAAGAAUGUAAGUUUUAUUUUAUUAUUUUGACCACAAUAAAGAUGAUUUCUAAAUAAUUUCAAAAUUAUUGAAACAAUGACAAAUGAUAAACAUUAAAUUCAUAUUCAUUUGAUCAUCUGGAACUUGAAGAUGGCAACUUACUAACAAAAAUGAAAGCUUAUAUUAAAACCCUCCAAACUGGAAAACAUGCUCUGUCAGAAUUGAGUUGUUUGGUUAGUUUACACAGAGUUGAAUGUAGCAAAGAGGCUGUACAAUUUUUAAUUUUUUAUAAAUUUUGUUGAAUUAUAUUUAAAUAAAGGUAAAUAUAUUAAUUUUUUAUUAGGGCAAGAAGGACCUUGUUAAUGGUAUAUAUAAAUAUAUUAGAAUUUACAUAACGUAAAAAAAUUAUUUUAUACAUCAGAUUAGUUAUCAAGGUAAUCAUACAAUUUGAAUUAAAAUCUAAUAAUAUAAGAUGACAUAUAACAAGCAAAUAUAAUUUUAUAAAUAUUUUUUUUACCUUGACUCCUCAGGCUGAAUCAAAUCUCCCCUCCAGCAACAUCUCUAAACUGGCAGCCCCAUUCAGCCCCCUUGUCUCACCCAUAGCCCCAACUCAACAACACCCAACAGCUCGCUCUGUAUCACCUGCCACUCCCAACAGAUUUGGGACCCCAUCCAGACAAGUGCCCAUUCCAACUUUACCCAGGGAACGGUAUAUAGUUUAUAGGACCAUUAAAUAACACCGGAUUCAAAUUUCUCAUUUUAUUCAUUUCAUGAGUAUUUUUUUAAUUAUUGAAUGCCAUUUUACAAACUGCUUACUUAUCCAUUCAAAUAAAUUUCAUUUAGUUAAAUCCCUCCCAAAUUAAAAAAAAAAAAAUUAUCUCAUUUAAAAAUUAAAGUUAAUCUACCAGCACAAGCAGUUAAUAUACAAAGGACACAUUGUGUAAAGUGCUGUUCCACUUAAUGUUUCAGACGAACCAGCACACCCAAGAGAAUAGAAGAUGAGGAUUCAGGGACAAGUCCUUCCUGUAAAGAGCAUGCUGCUGGCAUUACCCAGCUGACAUUUUUACAUAACAAGAUAGAGAGGAAAAUACAGAGGGGGAAAUGUUUAGGCAAGUAUUGCAACUCUCAGUUGUUAGCAUAAUAAAGUUUUUGAAAAACUGACUGAAUCAUUUGAACAGGGGCUGAUAUGGGUGAUUUUAUUUGGAAGGAUUCAACUUUUCAUUGGUAAUUUAUUUUUUAGUGUGGCUCCUUUGCGUGUUUCCAGGUCACAGCAGUAGCGGCAGCACAAUGUAUGCCGGUAUGGACAUGGCCAGUGGUGAGCUGGUGGCUGUUGGUGAGUGGAUCAUGAAGUGGAGACAUGUCAGUAAAAAGUCCAACACUUAUGACAAAGAGGAGGAUCCGGAGGGAGCUGUACAUCUUAAACAGGUCAGUAAACACACAUCCCCCGACCUUCCAUUAAGGCCUGCACAACAUGCUGCUCGCCAGCAUCCACUUUGUGGCCCGCAAAGUUACGACAUAUUCUAUUUUAUUGGUAUUUUCUUAAUAGAUUCCCCCCCUGUCGUAUUUUCUUUGGCCCCCACAAGUUUUUCAUAAAGUAUUACAGCCGCCCUACAUUUUGAUUUGCGCAGGCCUGCUUUAUAUGUUUCUCAACAAAUUUUGAAAUUUUUCAUUUUUAAAAAAAAUAUAAGUCCUUACAUUUUUGUUCCGUAAAGGUUUUUUGUUAAAAACUAGACUGAUUGUCAACCAUUAUAUUAACGGUCAGGUUUUGAGCAUUGAACAAGAACUUUUAGCAUUACUUCGGCUGAAUCACCCAAACCUCAUUCAUUACCUCGGCUGGAAGCAUGAGCAUCAG